AUGGCUUCCAGAAUUGGCACUCAAAUGUUCCGUGCAUUCAGAGCUGCUCCGCGGCCCUCAUGGUCUGCACAGGUGCCGCGUGCGCCCGCUGUCCGCCGCUUCAUCUCGGCCAAGGUGGAACAGCCGCAUCUGCGCCUGGGAUCAAUUGCCCCAAACUUCAAGGCAUUGACCACCCAGGGCGAGAUUGACUUCCACGAGUUCAUCGACUUCACACCUGUGUGCACAACCGAAUUGGGUGCCUUCGCCCGCCUUCAGAAUGAAUUUGACGCACGCGGCGUUAAGAUGAUCGGAUUGAGUGCCAACGAGCUUGGUUCUCACGACCAAUGGAUCGAGGACAUUAACGAAGUCGGCUCCACAAAAGUCCAGUUCCCAAUCAUCGCCGAUGCCGACCGCAGAGUUGCCUUCCUCUACGAUAUGAUCGACCAGGAUAGCAUCGGACAGAAGGAAAUCGCGUUUACCAUUCGCUCCGUGUUUAUUAUCGACCCGAGCAAGAAGAUCCGCCUGACCAUGAUGUACCCCGCCUCCACGGGCCGAAACUCCGCUGAGGUCCUGCGGGUCAUUGAUUCCCUACAGACCGGUGAUAAGAAAGGCGUAGCCACCCCGAUCGACUGGAGCGUUGGUGAUGAUGUCAUUGUGCCUCCCUCUGUCAGUACCGCGGAUGCCAAGAAGAAGUUUGGCGAAGUUCGUGAGGUUAAGCCUUACCUGCGCUAUACUAAGAUAUAA